AUGCCGCUCUUCGUACCCAUUCUCCGCCUCGCCAUGCUCUUUCUCAACGUGUACGAUUCGUACAAGACCCUCAAGCACCCACCGCCUUCUAGACGGAACGAUGGACUACCGAGUGUUAGAGCUAUGACUCAACGGAAGAGGGGUAUGAAAGGCUGUUUAGCUGUUUGGAUCGUUUGGUGCUGUUUUGCUGUUUAUGAGAGAUUCGGAGAGGCUGUUGUCAGCUUGUUCAUACCCUUCUACGACGAAUUCAAGAGUAUCGCUCUACUCUUCCUCAUACUCACACGAGCUAGGGGCGCCGAACCAAUAUACCUACACGUUAUCCGUCCCCUCCUCAGGCCAUACACAUCCACCCUCGACGCAUCCCUGGAACUCCUACUCAUGAUUGGGGACUUUAUUUUCGCCCUAUCCACCUUUCCCAUAAAAAUCGGGUUGGAGUUGUGGGAGAAACGAUUUGGGUUCGACCCAGCAUACUACUACAGCACAGGGAUUCUGGAUACCGAAACUGAAGUCGAAACCGAAACAACGACGGAUGUGUCUUCCGAGCCACCACCACCGCCCGGGCCACACACACAAAGAGCCAGCCCGAAUCGCAAACCAGACGAAGUCACGUUCCCUCGGAAAGGCGUACGAAGGCCUACAAGUAACGGUACUCAGGCCCACCAACCAAUCGCAUCUUCCUCCAGGACACGUCCAAGACAGGAUAUAGAACCGAACUUUUACGCCACCUCAUCAACUUCAGCUUCAGCUUCAUCUACACCUCCCCAGCAGCAGCGGCAAAAGCUGAAAGGACGACAACAACAUGAAGUGUGGUACCCUCCACCAUCUGCAUACGCAGGGGACGAUGAACGCUUGCAAGACAGCAGAACAACAACAACAACAGCGUCUUUCAUAGAACUCGACGUCCAAGUCACCUCAGAGAAGCAACAAAAACUCGAAGACGCAGAAGAGUGGCGCCAAUACCCCGCUUUCCCCUCCGCUUACCCACCUACACCCCUCGUCACCACUUCUCGACUUGUCAGUACCCGAGGCGGUAUAAGGACGACGACAACAACGAACAUGUACCCCAUAAUCAACGAAAGAGAUUUGAAAGAUGCAGAAGAGUGGAGGAGGUACCCUGCGUUCCCUGCUGCGUAUCCGCCUACGCCGUUGGUUGUUUCUGGGGCGAGGUUACACGGCGUAGGGAGUCAUCCCUCUGUUGUUCAAGAAGAAGAAGGAGAGGAGGAUGAGGAAGGGAAAGAAAGGGAAGAAAGGGAGAAUAAUGGACCCGAGGAGGAUUUUCGCGGGUCGCUCCAGCCGCUUCGUGAGCCUUUGAAUCCCGGCUCCGCUAGCGACUCGAGCGACUCUUAUCGAUCUUCUUAUGGGAUUCAAAAUCACCUUGCUUCGUCGAUCUCUGCUUUACCUGCUGCGGACAUUAGCAGCGACUCUGACGAGGAUACAGAGAUUUAUUCUGACGUCGAGGAGGAGGAAGAGGAGCAAGACAACUUUAACAUAACACUCCAAACGCCUCUUCACCACCCCCUUGUUGUUCCCAUUCCGAGGAACCAGCGGCCUGUAUCGUUGACGUCUACUCUGGCGAGUGCGAGUACUGGGUUGACGACGGUUCAUGAUGGGUCUUUGAGGACUAGGUCUUCUGGAUCUGGAUCUGGGAGUGGGGGUGGGGAAGAUGAUGAGAUGGAUGAAGAGGGUGAGAAGGAGAAGGAGAAUGCCGCAUCAUCAACGUCCUUCACGAUGCCUUCCUCUUCCUCGGUGUUGGGCAAGAAGCGCGCGUUGCAAGGGCAGGGGGAGACGAGGAGGGCUAAAGGUACCGAGUCUCCCCAUGGUCAUGGAAGAAAAAGUGGGACGAAGAAGCGUAGGGUGUCUACUAGCCAAAGUCCUACUAGGCAACAAGGGGCUGCUUUUACGACUGACGAAGAAGGGAACGUUCAGGUUUCUACUGCUUCUGAACGCAGAGAUGCAGAACGGGCGCGGACGCCUACCCCAACGAACACGAACACGAAGACAAAAAGUGGUGGGAGGAGUAGGAGGCGGCGGACGCCUUUGUCGCCUUCCAGGGUAAAUGCACCUCGCUCGCCUUUGAGGGUGAACACACCUCGCUCGCCUUUGCGGGUGAACACGCCUCGCUCACCUUCAAGGGUGAACACGGCGCCGUCGCCUUCACGAGUGAACGCACCCACAACACGGGCUGUUAGGCCGAGAGUCACGCGAUAUGCUACUCCACCUCCGCCUCUGUUGCCUACUUUGGGGUCUGUGGGGAUUGGGGCGAUGACUACAGCGCUUGAGUCGACAGCCACAGCGCCUGAGUUGUUGACGACAGGGAUUGGGACUACAGCGCCUGAGUCGACGACUACAGCACCUGAGUCGAUGACCACCGGGACUGGGACGACAACUACAGAGAACUGGACGCUGGUGGCUCCACGGCGGCCAGAUCCGAUAUUAAUUCCAGACAAGCAGACAAGGCGAGGCUCUCGACCUCAAGUGCCCACUGCCCAGAGAUCUUCGCGCAGGUUACGCUCUGGAGAGUCGGCAGCUCAGGCUCGAAAGCCGGAUAGUGCUGGUGAUCCACCUCCGGAACAAAGGAAACGAAGAACUACCGUUAAUGUGCGGACUGCGACUACUGCGAGGACUAACAAGAUUCCAACCUUGACUUCUGGAGAUCACCGAAAGCCGAGGGCUGACGACUUGGCUGGUAUGCCUACUCUAUCUCGGGUUCGACGGGCGAAUGCCGAUCUGGAGGGCUCAGGAUCAGUGCUUGCAAUAGACACCGUGAGGUUGCGUAAGGAUGACGCUGGCGAAUCUGCUGUGGACGCCCAGAGAAAGACGACUGACGUCCCCUCUAAUCUCGAUCGCAAGAAAUGA